AAAUUAUGAUUUCAUGUCAUAUAGCAAAACAAGACCAAAAUGAUAUUAACGCCCUUUUUUUCAGAGCAUAACCAUUCCUACAAGAAAACUCUUGACUAAAAAAGUGGAAGUAAAAAACAAAAGGAGAAAACAAGUGUAAAAAUACUGAAAAAAUAAAAUCAAAAAGUCUUCAAACUCUCUCUCUCUGUCUCUCUUCUAGGGUUUCCGAAAUCGAUCUCAAUCCAACUCCAAAAAAACUCGACAAUCAAUAUGGAAGGUAAUGGGAAAUUGGAGGCCCAAAUAGAGGCACUACUGAAUGUAGAGAAGCAGAUGAGGCAAGCUGGGGAUGUUGCCGCUACUAGAAAAGCAGCUACUGAUAUUCUUCAGCUUUGCUUCGAUGCUCGUGCUUGGAAAACUUUGAAUGAACAGAUUGUUCUCUUGUCCAAACGCCGUGGACAACUAAAACAGGCUGUACAGGCCAUGGUCCAACAAGCCAUGCAGUAUAUUGACCAGACGCCAGAUCUUGACUCGAAGAUAGAACUCAUCAAAACGCUUAACAGUGUGUCUGCAGGAAAGAUAUAUGUUGAGAUUGAGAGAGCUCGCUUGAUUAAGAAACUCACAAAGAUUAAAGAAGAGCAAGGACUCAUAGGCGAGGCUGCUGAUUUGAUGCAGGAAGUUGCGGUUGAAACCUUUGGAGCGAUGGCAAAAACUGAAAAGAUAGCCUUUAUUCUUGAUCAAGUUCGUCUAUGCUUAGAUCAUAAAGAUUAUGUUCGUGCUCAAAUACUCUCAAGAAAGAUCAAUCCCAGAGUGUUUGAAGCUGAUCCAUCUAAAGAAAAGAAGAAACCAAAGGAGGGUGAGAAUGUGGUCGAGGAACCUGCUGCUGAUAUUCCGGCACUGCUAGAGUUGAAGCAGAUCUACUAUCAAUUAAUGAUUAGGUUCUACUCACAUAGCAACGAUUACCUUGAAAUAUGUCGCUGUUACAAGGCUAUAUAUGAGAUCCCUUCUGUGAAAGAAGACCCAGCACAGUGGAUACCGGUUCUGAGGAAAAUUUGCUGGUACUUGGUGUUGUCUCCCCAUGAUCCUAUGCAGUCAAGUCUUCAUAACUCAACUUUGGAGGACAAGAAUCUUUCAGAAAUUCCUCAUUUCAGGUUGCUUCUGAAGCAAUUGAUUACCAUGGAGGUCAUUCAGUGGACUGCUUUAUGGAGUACAUUCAAGGAUGAGUUUGAAAAUGAAAAGAAUAUGCCUGGUGGCACUUUGGGGGACAAGGCUGCCGAUGAUCUCAAACUGAGAGUUAUAGAGCAUAACAUCCUUGUUGUCUCAAAAUACUACGCUAGAAUAACCUUGAAGAGACUGGCAGAUUUAUUGUGCCUCGAUAUUCAGGAAGCUGAAAAGCAUCUAUCUGAAAUGGUUGUAUCAAAGGCAUUGGUUGCGAAGAUUGACAGACCUAUGGGUAUAGUCUGUUUCCAACCCGCAAAAGACAGCAACGACAUCCUGAAUUCUUGGGCUUUUAAUUUGGAGAAGUUGCUUGACCUUGUUGAAAAGAGUUGCCACCAGAUCCACAAAGAAACAAUGGUGCACAAAGCUGCAUUAAAGGCUUGAAAGACUGUUCAAACUCUUAUCGAUUAUAGCAAUUCUGGUCUGGAAGUUUAUUGUGACAAAGUUGAAAUCCCUUCCGCAGUACUCUAUUCAGAGGAACAAGCAGCAGAAACAAAGACUCACAAUCUUGAUUUCUUGGCCCAUCUAGACAUUUGCCUGCUUGUUUUUCUCAUUGUCAGAGCUUCAAUUUUCUUCCCCAUUUUGUAUCUUUAUGUUUUCUCUGAAUGAUUUAUUCAUUGUGAUCAGCACAAAUUUACGUUUGAUGCUAAGAGAUCAGAGUUGUCAUUGUUCUUUAAUGCUUAUUUAUGCAGUUAUUUUGUCA